AUGACUAUCCACAAGUUCCAAGGCCAGAUUCUUGACAAAGAUGGUCUGUAUCUUCCUGACCAUGUCUUUGGUCAUGGCCAGUUGUAUAUUGCUCUCUCAGAUUCAAACUCCAAACUCACUAUCACUCAACACAUGUUGAAGAAGAUGAUCAAGAUGUUGUCCGACUCUAAUGUCAUUGCUUGUGAGGAAGAUCAUGACACGUACAAAGAUUUUGCAAGCAUAUGCAAAUUAAAGCUACAACAGGAGAAAUUUAUGGUUACGAAGGCCCAAGACAAAAUCAGCAAAGGACGCUAUUUUUUCAAAGGGCAAAACAAGACCAAGAAACUUGUAACUCAAAAAGAAAGAUUGAAUUUUCUGCUUGUCUUGGAUGAAAGCGGCUUCCUGAAAGAGUUUCGAAUGAGCAAGAGCUCUUUUUAUAAGCUGUAUGAUCUUGUAAAAAACCACGAGCUUUACUAA